AUGAUCACUCUAAGUGAUGAGAGAAGUGUGGAAGAAGCAAACACACAAACAGAACAAUUUCAAGACAAUCCAAAGGAAAAACAUGAAGAGAGAAAUCAAGCACUCAAUCCCACACACAGGGAGAGGCUAAAGAAAGAAGAGACUCUGAACCCAUAUACACCUUUUUCCCAAAGGCUCAAGGGUAGUGUAGCAAGGAGAGUAUAUUCAAGGUUCCUCGACAUGUUUGCAUCCCUUCAUGUGAACAUACCGUUCAUUAAGGCUCUUCAGCAGAUGCCCUCAUACAUCAAGUACAUAAAGGAGCUGCUGACCAAAAAGAGUUCGCUGAAGGGUGGGCAAACAAUAGUGAUGAAUAGGGAGUGCAGUGCUCUCAUCCAAACAGAGCCACCUACAAAGAAGAAGGACCCAGGGAGUUUUCACAUCCCAUGUGCUAUAGGAGAAACAAUUAUUGACAAGGGACUUUACUUUGUUAUCUUAGAGAUGGAAGAGAAUCACAUCCAUCCCAUCAUCCUUGGGAGACCAUUCUUGGCCAUAGCCAGGGUGCUUAUAGAUGUGGAGCGAGGAGAACUAAUAUUGAGGAUACAUGAUGAACAACUCACCUUUAAUGUCCUCAAACCCUCACAAGAAGCAGAUCAUGAUAACAAAGAGUUAAGGAAAGAGCACAAUAAGGAACUGAUAGAAGAGACAAGCACGGGAGCAUAA